AUGGCCGGGGCGGCGGCGGCGGGGCCGGGGGCGGCGGCGGCGCUGGUGCCGGCGCAGGAGGCGGCGCGGCUGUACCAGAGCAACUACGUGCGCAACUCGCGGGCCAUCGGCGUGCUGUGGGCCAUCUUCACCAUCUGCUUCGCCAUCGUCACCGUGGUGUGCUUCUUCCAGCCCUACUGGAUCGGCGACGGCGUGGACACCCCGCAGGCGGGCUACUUCGGGCUCUUCCAGUUCUGCACCGAGCAGGGCGCCUCGCGCGAGAUCGCCUGCGCCGGCAGCUUCGCCGACUUCGCCGCCAUCCCCUCGGGCGCCUUCCAAGCCGCCGCCUUCCUCAUCGGCCUCUCCAUGGUGCUCAUCCUCGCCUGCAUCGUCUGCUUCAGCCUCUUCUUCUUCUGCAGCACCGCCACCGUCUACAAGAUCUGCGCCUGGAUGCAGCUCAGCGCCGCUGCCUCUCUUAUCCUGGGCUGUAUGAUCUAUCCUGAUGGCUGGGAUGCAGAAGAGGUGAAAAAGAUGUGUGGGGAGAAGACAGACAAGUACACCCUGGGGGCUUGUUCAAUCCGCUGGGCAUAUAUCCUGGCUAUCAUUGGAAUCCUGGACGCCCUCAUUCUCUCCUUCUUGGCAUUUGUACUUGGCAAUAGACAAGACAGCUUACUAGCAGAGGAACUCAAGCUGGAAAACAAAGGUCCCAGUCAGUGGAGGUUGUCCCAUUCUGGAUUUGGCCAGCUAGGGGUGAAGGCACAGACUCUCAGGCAAGAUCAAGCCAAACUGGAGCUGGCCUUCAGUGCAGAAGGCGAGGGAGUCCUUGCUGCAGGGACCUGGUCAGAGCAGAGCUCAGGCUAG